AUGCAAUUAUAUUUUAGUGAAAAUCAGUUAAGAGAAAUAUCGCAGUGGUUUGAUGAUGUUUCGAUAUCUCAUAAUGAUAGCAACGACAAAGAAAAUAUUCAAGUUAUUACCGUAGAAGAGAUAAUGAAGUUUUUAAGCUUAAAAAGAUACCAUUCACGAAAUUUUCAUCAUCCAACAUUGAUGGAAGUCAUGAAAGAGAUCGAACGCAUUAAACCACGUAGUCAAAAGAUAUUAACCAAGCAGGAGUUUAUAAAUAUGUUCAGUAAAUGGAUUAAAUUGCCAAAUAUCAGGCACGAACUGAAUUUAGCUUUUAGUUUGUUUGAUACGGAAAAAAGAAAUUUCCUGGACAUAGAUGAGCUACAGGUGAUUGUAACGCAGUAUGGUGAUGCCUUCACCGAAGAUGAGGUGCGUGAGCUACUGCGAGAUGCCAACGUUCGUGGUGAUGGUAACGUGUUUUAUAGAAACUUCAUGAAGAGCCUAUUCGCUGUUGCUCCUGAGCUUAUGAAUUUAAAGAUUGGCUAUUUGUAUAAUGAUGCAACGGAGGAUCCGUCUACAUUGCUCAAACCAGUUGUUGGAAUGGAAUCAAGAAGAAAGUCCGCAAAAAAGAAAAAACCUCAAAAAUCAAGAAAGAAGAAAGUUUUUAAUUUUUGA